CACCCACCUGUGCCCAGCAGUAUCACCCACCUGUGCCCAGCAGUGCACCCACCUGUGCCACUCUGCAGUGUCACACACCUGUGCCCAGAAGUGCCACCUACCUGUGCCCAGCAGUGCCACCCACCUGUGCCCACCCACCUGUGCCCACCAGUGCCACCCACCUGUGCCCACCCACCAGUGCUGUCAACCGGUGCCACCCACCAGUGCAGCCCAGCAGUGCUGCCAGUCAGUGCCACCAGUCAGUGCCCAGGGGUUGUGCCAGUCAGUGCCGCCAGUCAGUGCCCAGCAGUGAUGCCAGUCAGUGCCGUCUAUCAGUACCCAUCA